AUGAAUAUCGCCUACAAUUCCGCCUUGCGGCAAAGCAAGUCUCUCCGCGCAGAGCUCUCCAACCUCAACAGCAAACCUCAAGCGUCUCCCUCCGAAAUUGGCAACGUGUCCGCCUCAAUCGCCUCCUUCACCAAGACCCUCGAUGAAUAUCAAGCUCUCGCCCGUCAGGAGAUUGUCCCCAAGAAGCAAGAAGAGGGCUUCGAGCGAGUAAAGAGGUUCCGCGAAGACCUCUCCGACUUUCGAACCCAAGUCGAUUCGCUGAAGAAAGUUCGCGAUGAUGCUCAACACCAGGCAAAUCGUACAGAACUUCUUGGCCGAAGACCGUAUAAUGCUACACCCGAGAACCCUUAUGCGAACGCUACAACAACAAACACGCACUCUGCGUUCCAGCCUCGACACCCACCUCAAGCCAGCGCCUUGACAACGGGCUCGCCAGAUGAGCAGCGCGAGGCACAUGCUUUCAGGGAGCAGAACUUCUUUGCAAACACAAACCAAGCGCUAGAUGAUUAUAUUGCACGCGGACAGGCUGUACUGGGCGAUCUAGGUCAACAACGGGAGAUGCUCAAGAGCACCCAGAAGCGACUCUACAAUGUAGCCAACACCCUUGGCGUAAGCGGCGAUACGAUCCGUAUGGUAGAGCGACGGGCAAAAGAGGACAAAUGGAUCUUCUUUGCGGGCGUCUUGAUAUUCUUCCUGUUUUGUUGGCUGGUGCUCCAUUUCCUGCGGUAG